AUGGCAACUCAGCUAGAAAUCUUCGUGAGAGCGCUUUCUCGCCUACUUGGCUGGAUAUACACGUUCUGUUGGUCUGCGUCCUUCUAUCCCCAGCCGAUCCACAACUUCCGGCGACGUUCGACAACGGGGCUGGCGAUCGACUUUCCUACCAUCAACGUGCUCGGCUUCGUGUGCUAUACCAUAUAUACGUCCGCUUUUCUUUACUCUCCCGUGAUUCGUCAUCAGUAUGCUGCUCGUCAUCCACAUGCUGAGGACCCGACCGUGCGCUUCAACGACUUUGCCUUUGCUCUACAUGCCGUCGUUCUUAGCUUUAUCACCUAUACACAGUUCUGGCCGUUUAUCUGGGGAUUCAAGGUCUCUCGCCAUCAGAAAGUGAGCAAGCCGGUAGCAGGCCUUUUCUGGGGCUCUAUAGUCGGCGUCACAAUCGUUAUUUUCAUCGUUCUCGGCCAGAGCCCAAAUAACGGUUUUGAUCCAUACUCCUGGGCGUGGAUCGAUGUCAUAUAUGCCCUUUCUUACGUGAAAUUGGUCAUCACCAUCGUGAAGUACGUACCGCAAGCGUGGGUCAACUAUAAGCGUAAAUCCACAUACGGCUGGAGUAUUGGACAGAUCUUAUUUGAUCUGUCUGGAGGUGUCUUAUCCCUUGCCCAGUUGCUGCUGGAUUCUAGCUUCCAAGAUGAUUGGAGUGGAGUCACUGGAAACCCUAUCAAAUUUCUCUUGUCGAACGUUACCAUCUUUUUCGAUCUGAUCUUUGUGGUGCAGCACUAUAUUCUCUACAGAGAUGCAGAGGACGAUAGUGGUAAGACCCAGAACCCGAGUGACCGGACUCCUUUGUUAUCUGAGUCCAACGGCCUGCCCGGGCGCAGUUAG